UUGCAAACUCAAAGGAGACUGCUAAAACCCUCGGUCUCUCUGUUGCUCUCUUUUAGAGUAAACGAGGGUUAACUCCAAAAUCAAAAUCAAAAUCAAAUUAAAAGAAAACACCAUCUUCAAAGUUGUGUUUAAAUGUAAAAUCCCACUGUGAUCUCUAACCUUGCCUUGUAAAUGUUUUGUAUGUGAAUGUUAAGAAUGCAGAUUGUAAGAGGAGGACGGGUAUUCUGCUCCAAUUACUCCGCAGCUCGUGCAACAUGGGGUGGUGUACGGCGUGUAAGACCAUUCUCUGUUUCUCUUCCUUCUACUUCUGACUCUCCAAAGCGGAAAAGAGUGUCGAAGGAUGAGCGUCGAGCUUUGAUCGAAUCUUUUGUCAAUAGGUAUAGAUCAAUGAAUGCUGGGAAAUUUCCAUCUGUAACUGAAGCUCUAAAAGAAGUGGGUGGCUCUUUUUAUGUUGUUAGGAAGGUUAUUCAAGAGUUGGAAUAUAAACCUAAUAUAUGUUCCUCAAACAGCAGUUAUAAAAGUUCAUCAGCAAAAGUUGUCAAUAAAGAGGAUAAACCAUUUUCUGUAGUUGAAGUGGUCUCAACUGAAGUCGAAGUCGAAGUCGAAGAUGCCACUUUUGCAAAUGCUGUGGAUGAUGUAAAGAUUCUUGACACAAAUGACAAGCAACUGGAGGCUGACAGUGGUAGUUGUCUUGAUUUUGUUUUGGAAGAAAAUAGUGUAGUAAAAUUUGAUGCUAAGGGUCUUGAGGCACAAGCAGAUGAUAAAAUAAAGGAUGUUGGGAUAGACAGUUCUGACAAAUUUCAAAUGUUUCUGAAUAAACAAAAAUGUGUCAAAGCUACUGGUCAAGAUCUUGAAUCAGAAGAAUUGGGUAAAACUGAGUCUCAGGCUGUUCAAUCUUAUUUUGGAGUAGUCAAAGGCGAUCUACUAAAAGAAGAAACUGAGUUUGGAAGUAAAGAGGGUGAUGAAAAGGAACAGACUCUAUCAAAGGAGUCACUAAGGUCUGGGAGUCCAGAGCUUAAGGCUGAGCACCACCAACAAUUUGUGGAAGAGGAAAAAUAUGCAAGGAACCUCUCUAGCGAGCAGACCGAUGAUGCAGAAAGUUCGAAGAAGUCAUCUCUUUGGGGGAACCUUAGGUCAAUUGCUGACGGUAUUAUCAAUAUAUGGAGAAAGCUGUGAAUCGUUGUUGGCAUCACGGGGAGAAAUCUCUAAUUGUUUUGUAGGUGUCAUUCUAACGCUUAGUGAACUGAAGUUUUUUGGCAAAAUAAUGGAAAUAUAUAAGAUCAACAAUGCA